ACCAGCGACGUCUCCGGUGAAGGCAGGCGCCGGGGAGUGGGGCGCGGGCGACCGUGUGCAGCCGCGGCGCAUCUCCGCCUUCCGCUCCUCCUCGCAGCGCCCUCGUCCGCUUCCAAGCCCAGCACAGACUUCGGUUUCUCCGCCUCCAUCCCCUUUACGAGAAGAGGAGAUUAAAAAAUAUUGCCCUUUAGGUGCUCGUGAUGGUCCUGUGGGUUCGUUCAGUUGCCAGAAAAGAAUGGUAACAUGAACAGCGGAGCGUGAGAGCGUCACCGGGGGAAGGGACGAGAUUGAUGGGCAGAGCGCUCACUUCUCAGAGGAUCGCAUUCCGAGGACCGCGCGAGGAAGGGACGUCGCGGCGCCACCACUUCCUGGCUGGACUCCGCUGACAUCUGUAGCCUCCUUUCCACCAGGUUCCCGGGGCUCCCAGCCGCUGCCUGCAGAAGAGCGUGUAGACAGCGCGCGAGGGUCCGGGAGUUCGUGGACCUCCAUCCGAACCGGAGUUCUGCCCGGAUCCCGAGUCCCUGGAUCCCGGUGGAGCCCGCCGGCAAGCUGGCUCCGGAGGGAGUUGAACUUGAGUUCAGAUGGCCAACUCCCUCUGAAUCCUGCAGAUUGGUGCUGAGCACGCAACAAAAGUUUGUAGCUUCUCAGUUUCUGGUGCUUCGCAGGGGAGAGGAAAGGAAUUUGACAUUGAACACAAGAAGCAGUCAGGGAGCCAUCUCCUUUAACUUUUCUUCUCUGUUACCAUUUGCAAUGAAGAGGAAACAGAAGAGAUUUCUGCAGAUGACUUUGUUGUUCACGGUGGCUUUAAUUUUCCUGCCUAACGUUGGUCUCUGGUCUCUGUACAAGGAUAAGCACCUGGUGAAGUCAGCGGAGCCCGGGGAGCAGCAGACAUUUCCACUGGGCCUGGGAGAUGGGCAAUUCUAUUCAUGGACAGAUGGUUUGAGAAGAAAGGACUGGCAUGACUAUGAAAGCAUUCAGAAAGAGGCAAUGCGCUCAGGGAAAGGUGAACAUGGGAAACCUUACCCCCUUACUGAAGAGGACCAUGAUGACUCAGCUUACAGGGAAAAUGGUUUUAAUAUUUUCGUCAGCAACAAUAUUGCUCUAGAGAGGUCUCUGCCAGAUAUUCGUCAUGCUAACUGUAAGCAUAAGAUGUAUCUGGAAAGGCUGCCAAACACCAGCAUCAUUAUCCCAUUUCAUAAUGAAGGUUGGACUUCACUCCUGCGGACCAUACACAGUAUAAUUAACCGAACUCCAGGGAGUCUGAUAGCAGAAAUCAUUCUAGUAGAUGACUUCAGUGAGAGAGAACACUUGAAGGAUAAAUUGGAAGAAUACAUGGCCCGAUUUUCCAAAGUGAGGAUUGUUCGCACCAAGAAAAGAGAAGGACUCAUCCGGACCCGUCUCCUUGGGGCAUCUAUGGCCAGAGGAGAAGUCCUGACGUUCCUGGACUCCCACUGUGAGGUCAAUGUGAACUGGCUGCCCCCGCUCCUCAACCAAAUUGCACUAAACCACAAAACCAUCGUGUGUCCCAUGAUCGAUGUCAUUGACCACAAUCACUUCGGGUAUGAGGCACAAGCUGGGGAUGCCAUGCGAGGAGCCUUCGACUGGGAAAUGUACUACAAAAGAAUUCCCAUCCCUCCAGAGCUCCAGAGGGCAGAUCCCAGCGACCCUUUUGAGUCUCCUGUUAUGGCUGGAGGUCUCUUUGCUGUGAAUCGGAAAUGGUUUUGGGAAUUGGGUGGCUAUGAUCCAGGUUUAGAAAUCUGGGGAGGAGAACAGUAUGAAAUCUCUUUUAAGGUUUGGAUGUGUGGAGGAGAAAUGUUUGAUGUUCCAUGUUCUAGAGUUGGUCAUAUCUACAGGAAGUACGUUCCAUACAAAGUUCCAUCUGGGACAAGCCUGGCAAGAAACCUGAAGCGGGUAGCUGAGACCUGGAUGGAUGAAUUUGCCGAGUACAUUUACCAGCGGCGGCCGGAGUACAGGCAUCUCUCCACGGGGGACAUCUCUGCCCAGAAGGAGCUGCGCAAGCAGCUCAAGUGCAAGGACUUCAAAUGGUUCAUGGCUGCUGUGGCCUGGGACGUGCCUAAAUACUACCCUCCAGUGGAGCCCCCGCCUGCUGCCUGGGGGGAGAUCCGAAAUGUGGCAGCAAAUCUCUGUGUGGACAGCAAGCAUGGAGCCACCGGAACAGAGCUGAGGCUGGACAUCUGUGUCAAGGAUGGUUCUGAAAGAACGUGGUCUCAUGAACAGCUUUUUACCUUUGGAUGGAGAGAAGAUAUUCGACCUGGUGAGCCACUGCAUACCCGGAAAUUCUGCUUUGAUGCGAUCUCACACAACAGCCCUGUUACACUCUAUGACUGUCAUGGCAUGAAGGGGAACCAGCUCUGGGGAUACCGGAAGGACAGAACAUUAUUCCAUCCUGUAAGCAACAGCUGCAUGGAUUGCAACCCCGCAGAGAAGAAGAUUUUCAUGGCCAGAUGUGACCCUCUCUCUGAGACUCAGCAGUGGAUUUUUGAACACAUUAAUAUGACUGUUUUAGAAAAAUUUAACCAGCAUGCCAACUCCUAGAAAGAAGAAAGGAAGAAAGAGUGAUUACCUACAGGUUAUAAAUUAAAUUUUAGCCAGCAUGUGGGUCGAAGGAGUCAGGAAUAACAUUUCCUCGAUCCAGGAAGGCUGGUUUAAAAAUUUGUAAAUGCCAUGUCAAAGUAGGUUGUUUUGAAGAACUUCCUGCAUCUGAAGAACUUGGCUGAGAAUCUCACCAGCUGCUUCUGAGAACUCGAGACUAGCAGUUCCCUUGCUGGCCAAGGGCAAAGAUAAUUUAGGGACUUUUCAAAACAACUGCUGAGCUAAUAAAUCCUAGCAUUUCUCAGGUCAAA